ACCUCUGACCGGCGCUGAUCCUCCAGUUGCACCAUCCGCCACAACUGACUGACAGGACGGGCAGACACAUAGCAAGACGACCAACGGACUGAAAACACCGCCUGUUCACCAUGGAAAGAAAAGUGGCCAGGGAAUUUCGGCAUAAGGUGGAGUUGCUUAUUGAUAAUGAAGCAGAGAAGGACUACCUUUAUGAUGUUCUUCGCAUGUACCAUCAAUCCAUGGACCUGCCUGUCCUUGUUGGUGACCUGAAGCUGGUAAUAAAUGAGCCCAAACGCCUUCCUUUGUUUGAUGCCAUCAGACCCUUGAUUCCUCUGAAGCACCAAGUGCAGUAUGACCAGCUCACGCCCAAGAGAUCCAGGAAGUUGAAGGAAGUUCGUCUGGAUCGCACACACCCCGAGGGUCUGGGUUUGAGUGUUCGAGGAGGACUGGAGUUUGGCUCUGGCCUCUUUAUAUCGCAGAUAGUCAAAGAUGGACAGGCUGGAAAUGUCGGCCUGCAGGUCGGUGAUGAGAUUGUGCGCAUCAACGGCUACUCCAUCUCUUCCUGCAUUCACGAGGAGGUCAUCAACCUCAUCAAGACCAAGAAGACUGUGUCUUUGAAAGUCCGCCAUGUGGGAAUGAUUCCUGUCAAGAGCUCCUCCGAUGAGCCUCUGAAGUGGCAGUUUGUGGAUCAGUUUGUUUCGGAGUCAGGGGAGAAGAGUAACAGUAUUGCUGGCUUGGCUUCAAUUGGAGGGAAUGAAAUUAAGGAAAAGAAAGUGUUCCUUAGUUUGGUGGGCACCAAAGGCAUGGGAAUCAGCAUAUCAAGUGGACCAACAAAGAAACCAGGCAUCUACGUGAGCAAUGUGAAGCCGGGUUCACUCUCAGCUGAAGUGGGCUUACAGGUUGGCGACCAGAUUGUGGAGGUCAAUGGGGUGGAAUUCACCAACCUGAGUCAUCAAGAGGCAGUGCGGGUGUUAAAGAGCAGCAGGAGUCUAACCAUCACCGUACUCACUGGGGCUGGAAGUGAGCUGUUUAUGACGGAUGAGGAGCGGUUGGCGGUUGAAGCUCGACAUGAGCUGGACAGACAGGAGUUAAUGCAUCAGAAGAAAGUGGCAUUAGAGACCAACAAAAUUGUCAAAGAACAACAGGAGAAAGAACGCCAGAGGAAGAUGGAGAUAUCUCAGAAGGCUGCAGAGGAAGAAGAGCGCUAUCGCAAAGAGAUGGAAAGAAUUGAAGCUGCAGAGAAGAAACACCACAAAGAGUGGGAAGAUGAUUGGGGCUCCAAGGAAAAAAAAAAAUCUGUUUCCCCGGCCGCUUCUCCAUCCCCUCCACCACCCACACGUCUUGCACCUUCACCCAAACCUAAAACCUCCACUGCUGAUUCCUACGAAGAAGAGACCGGAGAAGGGUUUCAGAAAUACGUGGAUGAUUUUGAUCCACAUUCCAUGUUCACAGCCGAACAGAUAGCAGGCAGAGAUGUGCGACUUUUAAGAAUUAAGAAGGAAGGAAAGCUUGAUCUGGCCAUUGAGGGAGGAAUCGAUUCCCCAUUGGGAAAGAUUGUGGUGUCGUCUAUCUAUGAAGGAGGUGCAGCAGAUAAACAUGGUGGGGUUGUGUCAGGUGAUGAGAUCAUGGCAGUGAAUGGAAAGAUUUUGACAGAUGUGACUCUAGCUGAAGGACAGACCUCAAUGGCUCAGGCCUGGAACAGUGGAGGGGACUGGAUUGACCUGGUCAUCGCAGUGUCUCCACCAAAGGAAUAUGAAGAUGAGGUCCCUAAAGCAGCAUCAGUCAGACCCACUGCAAAGAAAACGGUUUUUCAAGGCAGUGCCCCUGUGUACAGACAGGGAUACGUCCUUCAGAUGAAGACCCCACCAUCCCCCAACUUCAUCAGCCACUAGCCUGGUGGACAUUCUUUUAAAAGGAACCACCAGAGGAAUCAUGAGCCAUUCUUCAGCAAUCAAUUUGCCGCAACCAUGUAGCUUAGUAAAUACACUGUAAGUGAGUAAGUUAAUCACAUGAUCUAAAAAAAUCCAACAUUCAUAUUUCAGCAAUACAUAGUUUACUAUUCAGGCCAUAUUUUUGUUGUUGCUUGCAAAACAAUAAACACGAGUUAACAAAAAUA